GGCGCGCAGUCAGAAAACACGAGACUCAAGCUGAGGGGUGCCGUUCUGGUCUGAGGUGUGGAUCUGAGGAAGGAUGGAGGCACUGAAGGUGGAAAAGUUCACGACUGCCGACCGGGGAAAUGGGCUGCGCGCUGUGGCUCCACUGCGCCCCGGGGAGCUGCUCUUCCGCUCCGACCCCUUGGCUUAUACUGUGUGCAAGGGGAGUCGUGGCGUCGUCUGUGAUCGCUGCCUCCUGGGGAAGGAAAAGCUGAUGCGGUGUUCUCAAUGCCGAAUUGCCAAGUACUGCAGUGCCAAGUGUCAGAAAAAGGCCUGGCCAGACCACAGGCGUGAAUGCAAAUGUCUUAAAAGCUGCAAACCCAGAUAUCCACCCGACUCCGUGAGACUUCUGGGGAGAGUUAUCGUCAAGCUGAUGGAUGAAAAACCCUCAGAGUCAGAGAAACUUUAUUCAUUUUAUGAUCUGGAGUCCAAUAUUAGCAAACUCACUGAAGAUAAAAAAGAGGGCCUGAGGCAACUUGCAAUGACAUUUCAACAUUUCAUGAGAGAAGAAAUACAGGAUGCUUCUCAGCUGCCGCCUUCUUUUGACCUUUUUGAAGCCUUUGCAAAAGUGAUCUGCAACUCGUUUACCAUCUGCAAUGCAGAGAUGCAGGAGGUCGGCGUUGGCCUGUACCCCAGUAUGUCUUUGCUGAAUCACAGCUGUGACCCCAACUGCUCGAUUGUGUUCAACGGUCCCCACCUCUUACUUCGUGCAGUGCGAGAAAUUGAGGCAGGAGAGGAGCUCACCAUCUGCUACCUGGACAUGCUGAUGACCAGUGAGGAACGCCGGAAGCAGCUGAGGGACCAGUACUGCUUUGAGUGUGACUGCAUCCGAUGCCAAACACAGGACAAGGAUGCUGAUAUGCUAACGGGUGACGAGCAAAUAUGGAAGGAGGUUCAAGAAUCGCUGAAAAAAAUCGAAGAGCUGAAGGCGCACUGGAAGUGGGAACAGGUUCUGGCCCUGUGCCAGGCGAUUAUAACCAGCAACGCCAAACAGCUUCCCGACAGCAACAUCUACCAGCUGAAGGUGCUGGACUGUGCCAUGGAUGCCUGCAUCAACCUGGGGAUGCUGGAGGAGGCACUAUUCUAUGCCAUGCGCACCAUGGAGCCGUACCGGAUUUUUUUUCCCGGAAGCCAUCCUGUCAGAGGUGUGCAAGUGAUGAAAGUUGGCAAGCUGCAGCUCCAUCAAGGCAUGUUUCCCCAGGCCAUGAAGAAUCUGAGGCUGGCCUUUGACAUUAUGAAAGUGACCCACGGCCGAGAACACAGCCUGAUUGAAGAUUUAAUUCUUCUCCUGGAAGAAUGUGAUGCCAACAUAAGAGCCUCCUAAGGACACUCAAAAGGACAGGGAAGGUGGUGCACCCUUCAUCGAACGCCUUACUGAGGUCACACACUCUGUGAUGUUUGCUGUGUGGACCUCCUGUAGAAGUCACCAAUGUGUUUCUGUGGGCAAACAUGUUUCUGUGGCAUGUCAUGAGAAGUCUUAUUUGUGAUAGAGCAGAACCAUUAUAAUAAAUAAUAAAGAUGAGUCCAAAAUUCCACUGGCAA